AUCUGCCGGUCUUCAUCGCUAGCACUGUAGCGUUUGGCGCCAUUGGAAGUGACAAUUUAAUGUGUUCGUCUUAUUGUGCAUGAUUACUUCGCCGCUGACCUUCGAGUGCCUGCUAACAAUCAAGCUUAAAGAGGCCGACCAGUUGAGAGCAUCGACUCAAAACAUCCGCAGCGACCAUUGGCCUACUUGCAUGCCGCUAAGCAGUGACGCUGGCCUAUUCAGAAGCAUCUAGCUUCCACACGAAGUAUGGACAACAGCCGUGAAGAGGAAAUGGCGGCCAACCCUCCGAAAGUCACGUAUCCGCCAGGCAUCAAAGCCAUCUCUGAUGACCUGAGCACUGAUGACCUUGUACGGCGACUUAAGGAGUGUGCCCAGACAUUCCAGAACCUGAGCCAGGAUGAGGACAACAGCGCAUACGUUCAGCUUGCCCUCCACCUUGCGGGUGAGGGCUUAUUAAACCACAACUCAAAGGACGUUCGGCUGCUUGUAGCUUGCUGCAUCGCGGAUGUCUUUCGCGUAUUCGCGCCCGAGGCUCCCUACAAGGAUCCUGAGCAACUCAAGAGCAUAUUUUUAUUCUUCAUAGAACAGCUGAGGGGCUUGGAAGACCCCAAGGACCCAACUUUUAAACGUUAUUUUUAUCUGCUGGAGAACCUGGCGUGGGUAAAAUCCUUCAACAUAUGCAUCGAGCUGGAGGACAACCAAACCAUCUUCUGUCAGCUCUUCUCCCUCAUCUACACAAUUGUUAACGAUAACCACUCCAAUAAAGUGAAGAACUUCAUGCUUGACAUGAUGUGUCCUCUCAUCACCGAAGCUGACACGGUCUCCCAAGGGCUACUCGACAUUGUGCUGAAGCAGAUCAUUGAGCCCUGCAAGACCCAAAACAAAAAUGCAUAUAACCUGGCCAAGGACCUGCUCAAGCGAACACUCAACACCAUUGAGCCGUACAUUCAAUCGUUCUUCAACAACGCCUUGGUUCUGGGCCGGACAUCCAACAGCAGUGUGGCGCCUCAGUUGUACGAGCUCAUCUACGAGCUCAACAUUCUCUGCCCCAGUAUGCUCAUUGCUGUCCUACCGCAGCUGGAGUUCAAGCUCAAGUGCAACGAUGAGAAGGAGCGGCUGAGCGUGACAAAGCUCCUCGCCCGCAUGUUCUCUGACAAAAACUCUGACCUCGCAACGCAAAACCCGCCUCUUUGGAACUGCUUUCUUGGCAGGUUCAACGACAUAAGCGAACAUGUUCGAAUGCGGUGCGUCCAGUACUCCAUGCACUUCCUGCUGAAUCACCCCAAGCUGCGGAAUGACAUCACGGAGUCACUGCGGCAGAGGCAGCAUGAUCCGGCAGAGUCUGUGCGAUACGAGGUGGUGAUGGCCAUCAUUAGCGCAGCCAAGAAGGACUUUGGCUCGGUCACUGAGGAGCUGCUCAAUUUUGUUAAGGAGCGCACACUGGACAAGAAGUUCAAAAUCCGCAAGGAGGCCCUCAUGGGGCUGGCCCACCUCUACAAGCAACACAUGAGCAGCCCCGACCUUCCAGCGUCCACGUUAGAGUGCAUCUCCUGGAUCAAGAACAAGGUGCUGCACGUUUACUACCAGACGGCCCUGGAAGACCGACUUCUUGUCGAGCGCAUUCUACACACGUGCUUGGUGCCCUACCAGCUGCCUGUGGAGGAGCGCAUGCACAAGCUGUACCAGCUGUUUGCCACGGUGGACGACCACGCGGUGAAGGCAUUCAAUGAGCUCCUCAAGUGCCAGUGCGCUGUGCGGCAGCAGAUGCGCACCGUUCUCGAGGCCCUGCAUCUUCCGGCCGGUGAGGAGCGCGAGCGGCAGUUGCUGGCGCGUGUGGCCCUGCUCUCGCGCAACCUGCCCGACUCGGUCAAGGCCCAGGAGUACCUCAUGAAGUUCUGUGCCGUGCUGGAGGGCAACCAGCGACUGCGCAUCCACAUGAACAAUGUUCUCCAAGGCGGUGGCUCUUGUGUCGAAGCUGAGCGCAGCGUGCGAGAGGUAUUUCUCAUACUCUUCCAGAAAGAAGUGCUGAAGAGUCUUGGCUAUCCAGUGCAGACCAACAGCUUCUAUGUGAUCAUCAAGCAGUUGCUAGAGCGGGUGGCACCGGUGAUGGUCGACAGCGCUGGCGUCAAGCAGAUCCUUUCCUACGUGCGUGACUCACUCCUCGGCCAAGGCGACAUCGACAUCCAAAUGGGCGUCACCAACUCAGCACUGCGCGGGCUGCAGCUGCUGCACGUGCUGGCUUCCGCGUUUCCUGCAGCCUUUAUUGGGGAAGAAGUGUACAGCCUGCUCCUGUCGUUCCUAAAUUCGGACGACUGCAGGGCAUCCGAGAUGACAUUACAGAUCUUCACCUUUGUGGGUGCCGACAUUGACCAGCGUUUCCCAAACGUUGCGCAGCGGUUGCUACCCGUGGUGCAGAACUUUAUCGAAAACGGCACUGCGAAACAAGCCAAGUAUGCUGUCGCUUGCCUCAACGUCAUCGUUGGAAACAAGGAGCGUGUCUUUGGGCAGAUAAUUGAUCACCUGAAGCAACACUUUACACUGGAGUCAGCGUACUUCCGCACGGCACUGGUGUCCAUUGGACACAUAGCAAUGCUCUGUCCGGACAUGUUUGGAACCCAGGUGAAGAGCAUUGUCUCCAAGGUGGUCGUCAAGGACCUGAUAAUGGCUGAUCGGGAGGAUCCACGGAUCUCAGAAACGACGUGGUGUGAAUUCGAUGCCCUUCCGGAAGAGACCAAAGUCAAGAUUGAAGGCAUGAAGAUGAUGGUACGUUGGCUGGUGGGGCUACGAACCGCAUCGGCUUCUGCCAGUUCCACUCUUCGCCUCCUGGUCACAGUCAUCAGCCACGGGGGUGACCUCAUGGAGAAGGAGCAUGUUUCGGCAAUGGAACGCUCCUGGCUUCGAUACAUGGCGGCAGCAUGCAUGCUCAAGAUAUGCUGCUGCCCACCCUAUGCAGAUGUGCUUAGCCAUGAGCAGUUUCAGAAGCUUGCCCUUGUGCUUCAGGACGAGUGCCCGGAGGUGCGCGAGCAGUUUGGCCAGAAGUUGCACAAGCAUCUGCUGGCCAUGCGGCUACCGCUUCAGUUCCUGGCCAUCUUCGCCCUGGGCGGCGUCGAGAAGCGGCGGCCCCUGCGCAACCAGCUGCGUCAGUGGCUCCUGUCGUGCAUCAACAAGCGGCGGGAUUUCCUGAAGCAGCACACCAUCAACUCCAUGAAACUGAUCACCAUCCUGCCCGACUAUGUGAUCCCCUAUGCAGUCCAUCUGCUUGCCCACGACCCUUGCUUGCCAAAGUAUGACGACGUUCCGGGACUUGUACAGAUCAAGGAGUGUCUCUGGUUUUUGAUGGAGCCACUAAUUACCAAGAACGAAGGCUACAGCUUCAGUUUCUUCAAGAGGCUUAUCGAGAACAUCAAGCAGACCCGCGACAACCAGUGUCCCAACGACAAACAGGCACAGCUAAAACUGUAUGCAGUGUGUGACCUGGCCCUUGGGCUGGUAAUGACCAAGACCACCAGUUUUGUGCUAAAGGACUUCCCUCAGGAGCCUGUGCUGCCAUCCAAGUGGUACACCCUGCCAGACAAGGUGCAAGUGCCGAAUAUGAAAAGUUACUUGCCACCGGAGCUGGCUUUUUCAGCUCCAAAGAACACCGGUGUGGACCUGGCAACCUUUGGACGGACACGUCCACGGGGAGCUCUGCGCAAAGUAUCGCGGAGGCCGCGGCCGGUGGCCGGUGGAAAUGUACAGAUGGUGCAAGUAGCCGAGAUAGCACAGGUUGACGAGGAAGAAGUAGUCGACGAUGUCAUGGCUGUUGAAGAGGAGCCUUCCCCAGGUAUCGAGGCCAGCAGUGCAGAGGAGGGCAGCAACAGCCCCUCGUCGGCACAAGUCGUCAACCUCCGUGCCUUGCGGCCCACCCGGCGGGACCGUGCGGCUUUAUCAGAGCAGCAACCAUCAUCAGAUUCCAACCAGUCCAAACGGUCACGCUUGGAGCCUGGACCCGGAGAUGAGGCUGAGAACUCGUCUGACCAGCUCAGUGCGCAGGCGGGGAAUUCGAUGGAGGAAGAGGCGCAGAGGUCUGAGUCGCGGGGAACCUUGGGACCAGUGGCGAACGGCAACGAGAACACCAGCCCUAACAACGGCCAGCAGCCCCCGGAGAGUAACAGUUUGGCAACGAGGAGUACUCGUCUCAAGCAAUGAGCAGCUGAGGUUAACGUAAUGUACAAUAAAGGCUUUUUUUUUUUGUCAGGAAAACCAAA